AUGCCACGACAUUCUCAUUCUAGAAGUCGAUCUCGUUCCCCGCAUAAAAGAAAAAAACAUUCACAUAGACAUGAAAGAACCCGCAGUCGGGAGCGUACUAAGGAUGUUGCAAGAGAAAAAUCUAAAGAUCGAAGUCGCAGUAGAGACAGACGCAGCGGGCGUGAUAAAGAUCGUCACAAAGAUGAUAGAGAACACAAACGUUCUCGGCACUCAAAGGGUGAUGUUGAAAAGGAGGUUGCACAGUUAAGGGCACAACAUUCAAAAGAGAGUGAAGACAAAAAAACGCGAGCCGUUAGCUCAGUAGACACUACCACUUCACAAGAAUCUAAAAUUGUCGCGAGAUCCUCAAGCACUGCCUUACUUGAAGAGCCUCGAAGUAAUGCGACUGGGGAAGGUGCUAAUGGAGACUCGGACACACAAAUGCAAGCCGCAAAUCAAAAGUCGGUUGAUUCGGCUACGUCUGCAACAGUGGCAGCCUUACUUGAUCAAGAAGAAAAAAUUAGGCAAAGAAGAGAACGAGUUGAGCAAUGGAGAAGAGAAAGGGAGGCUGCAAAAGUUGCUGAAGAAGCAGCUAAAAUAAAGAUGGCUGCUGAUACUAGUCAAUCGACAGCUGUUACUAAUGAGGAAAUGCAACAAAAUCAGAACAAAGGUUGGACAUUGGAUGAUGAAGAAGAAGAUGAAGCAAUGGAAGUAGACGGUGCUCCAGAAACUGUGGAUUUGAUGCCAAUACCAAAACCAGUAGAUAAAAUUGAUUCAUUUCCAGUUAGAAGAAAUCCUCUACUCGGACUUGGAAGUAAAAAAGCCGCUACAAGCACUAAAGGAAAAGCUAAAGCAGGGCCCGGUGAAGAUGAAGAAAAAUCUUCAACGCUGUCCGUGAAAGUCCAACCCUCGAUGGACUCCAGUGAUCAAUCAAUGCAAACAAAUAGCAUAGAGGAUGAGGAUCCGUUGGAUGCCUAUAUGAAAGAUGUUGAAGUUGAAGUGGAAUAUUUGAAUGAGCAAGAUAAAAAACCUAAAAAGCUUAAGAAAAAAGACCUAGCUGCAGUAGAUCACUCACAAGUCAAGUAUGAACCUUUCCGUAAAGACUUUUACAUUGAGCCUCCAGAAAUGCACGACCUAACACCUGAUCAAGUUGAUCUUAUUAGGGUUGAAUUAGGAGGUAUCAAAAUUCGGGGAGUUGAUUGUCCGAAACCAAUUCAAAAAUGGACUCACGCUGGAUUACCCGCAGCAUGUCUGCAUGUAAUAAGAAAAUUAAAUUUCGAAAAACCAACUCCAAUCCAAUCUCAAGCUAUCCCUGCUAUAAUGGCCGGCCGCGAUGUUAUAGGCGUUGCCAAAACAGGAAGUGGUAAAACAAUAGCUUUUCUCCUUCCAAUGUUUCGACACAUCAAGGAUCAACGCCCACUCGAGCAAAUGGAAGGACCUAUAGCCAUAAUUAUGACACCUACGAGAGAAUUGGCAGUGCAAAUACAUAAAGAAUGCAAGCACUUUUUAAAAGGAUUAAAUCUUCGAGCUGUAUGUGCUUAUGGAGGUUCACCAAUUAAAGAUCAAAUUGCCGAACUUAAACGCGGAGCUGAAAUUAUUGUUUGCACUCCAGGACGUAUGAUUGAUCUUUUAUGUGCAAAUUCGGGGCGAGUUACUAAUUUGAAGCGUGUUACUUAUCUGGUAUUGGAUGAAGCAGAUCGGAUGUUUGAUAUGGGAUUUGAACCUCAGGUCAUGAAAAUUGUCAAUAAUGUCAGACCUGACCGUCAGACAGUGCUGUUUUCUGCAACAUUUCCCCGCCAAAUGGAAUCUCUGGCUCGUAAAGUUCUUAAAAAGCCACUCGAAAUUACAGUUGGUGGACGCUCUGUUGUUGCCCAGGAUGUUACCCAAAUAGUUGAAGUACGCGAAGAUAAUACUAAAUUCGUUCGUUUACUCGAGAUAUUGGGGCAGCAGUAUAAUGAUGAUCCUGAUGCCCGAACUUUAAUAUUUGUUGAUCGCCAAGAAGCUGCAGACAAUCUUUUACGUGAUCUAAUUCGCAAAGGUUACCCAUGCAUGUCACUGCAUGGUGGGAAAGAUCAACUAGAUCGAGAUAGUACUAUUGCCGACUUCAAGUCUGGGGUAUGUCAACUGUUAAUUGCCACAUCUGUCGCAGCACGUGGCCUAGACGUGAAGCAAUUAAAGCUUGUCAUCAACUUUGAAUGUCCAAAUCAUAUGGAAGACUACGUGCAUCGUGUUGGUCGAACAGGAAGGGCAGGUAAUAAAGGUACUGCAUAUACAUUUAUUACUCCUGAGCAAGAUCGGUAUGCAAUGGACAUCGUCAAAGCGUUGAAAUUAAGCGGAGGGCACGUGAGCCCGGAACUGCAGCAACUUGCUGAUGGCUUCCAAGAAAAAGUCAAAUCAGGUAGCGCUACAUAUUCUGGUUCCGGUUUUGGAGGUAAAGGUCUUGAAAGAUUGGACGAAGCUCGUGACCUCGUUAAAAAAGCUCAAAGAAAGACAUAUGGUGACGGUGACACAACAUCCGAAGAGGAGGCAGAGGAAGAAGAGGAUCAUCUAAUACAACAACCAAAGAAAGAAGAAGUUAAUAUUGGUUCUAGCGUAAUUACCUCAAAGAACGUAAUUGCACUUCCAACAUCUGCAAAUGGGCAUUCUGCUGAUCCAGCUGCACUUGCUGCUCUCAAAGCUGCACAGGAAGCUGCUGCUCGUGUUAAUGCAAAGAAUGUUGGUGCGAGCGGGGUCCAGAGAGCAAAAGAUAUAAUCGCAGAUAUCAAUGCUCGAUUUAAAGAAAAUUCUGUACAGGGCAAUGUUGCAGAAGCAGAUAAAACAGAGAAUACUGCCGAGUAUUCCGUUGAAAUAGAAAUCAAUGAUUACCCACAAAAAGCAAGGUGGAAGGUUACUAAUAAGGAACAAAUUUCACAAAUAACUGAACUCACAGGAGCUGCUAUCACGACACGUGGUACCUACUUUCCACCUGGUCGCCAGCCUGCACCUGGGUCUGGUGAAAGAAAGCUUUAUUUAUUUGUUGAGGGUGAAAAUGAAUAUGUUGUUGAAAAGGCAAAGAAUGAAAUAAAAAGAAUAUUGACUGAGACUACAUUAAGUGCUAUAGAAGCUGAGGCUCGAAAUCCGGGAAGUACAUCUUUGGGUGGAUAUGGCAAGUAUUCGGUUGUUUAA